UACAGAGAGAGAGAGAGAGGAGAGAGAGAGAGAGAGAGAGAGAGAGAGAGAUGGCGUGGAGAGAGAGAGAGAGCGGCUAGAUGCGUGCUAUCAAACUAAUGUUUACUUGGGCGUGUACUCCGGGAUCUCGAAAGGCCUUUCCUAUCUUUUGCUGAUUUAGGUUUCAGUUACGAGGUUGAUGAAGCCAGCCAGAGGUGGCCCGCUUUUCCUACUCUCUCCCUCCCUCUCUCUCUCUCUCUCUCUAGAUUCUGCACCCUCAGCUUCAAACUCCGAGCUUUUCAAGCCCUAAUUUCAAAUUGCAACCGUCCGACGAUUUCGUGAGAAACAGGAAAUUUAGUUUGCUACUGAGGUAUACUUGGGCUUUUGAGCUGGUGUUGGUGAACAGAGAAAACAAAGGAAAACAUUUAAUGAAGGAAUGCUGCAAUAGGUAGGUAAAGAGUUUUUUGGUUUGUUGGGUAUGUAGUUGGUAAAGAUGUUGUUCGGCGAAGCCAUUGAGAGUUUGCACGAUGAUGGUUUUGAGGGUUCAAUGAAUGAAAGUCGCACUUUUAAAGAGGUGUUCUUUCGAAAUGACAGUGAUACCAGUAGUAAGAGGUGUAUUGUUACUGGAGCUAUUAAUUUUGAUCGCAGUAAUUGCAUGGAUAGGUCGUUAUGGUCAAACAGUGAAAACUCAUCCGUAACAAGUCUGCUAGAUUCUGGUAAUGUAACGGAGGAUUCAAGGGAUAAUUUUGCAGAGAGAUGUUUUUCAAAUGGUAAGCGAAUGAAGUUCUCAGUUGAUGAGCUUUCUUAUUCUAGACCUUAUUCCAGAGGGGUUCUGAAUUCAUCAGCUCCUUCUAAAAAACUUGUGUCUGGUAGGUCUCAAUCAGCUUACCAAGCAGCUUCCCGAUCUGUCUGUCACACUGUUACGUGUCGUUUAGUUGAAUCAUCCAGUCAGGUUGUCACUUCUAGUUCCUAUCUGCUAAAUCGAGCUGUGACCAACUCGAGUGGUGAAACGGGUUACAUGGAUGUUUCUAAGUCUAUGCGGCGGAGCUUGGAUGGAAGUGAUGAGAAGGAAGUGAAUCUAUGCAGAGCUAUUGCUCUGCAUGUGCCUCAGGAGAGCUCUGAAACCCAACUGUUGGUUACAUCCCCAUCCAUCACUGUUGCAAAUAAGUCUCUAUCUCGCCGAUGUGCUGAGAAAAAAAGGAGAAAGAAAUGCAACUUUGAUGAAUUGGUAUUAGUUAAAACGUCGUCGGAUAGAGAUUCCAUGAAGGAUCCUCGUCCUCUUCUACGCCCCCACAUCCAAAACCUGCUUAGAGCGGCAGGAUGGGAAAUUGGGAGGCGUAAUAGAACGGAUAAUAUCAGAGGGGAAUAUCUUUACUUUCCUCCUCGUGGAAGACCUAUUCGCGAGUUUCGUAGAGUUUGGAAAUUGUGUGGUCAGAGUUUGUUUCCGGACAGAAACAUUAUUGUGCAGGAAGAUGGUAACCAGUGGACCAAUGCGACUCAUUUCUGGGGUGAUCUAUCUAGUACACUUGCUAAAAUUGAGGAAGAAUUGGAUAAGACAGAAACUAGUUCUAUACUGGCACAUUUGUGGUAUCUUCUGGAUCCCUUUGCAAUUAUGGUGUUUAUUGACAAAAAGCUUGGCACUCUAAGAGCAGGAAAAGCGAUCAAAACAAAGAGAAGUUUGGUGGUUGAUACAUCUGAAAAAUGUGAUGCUAGAGAAAGGGCAUUGCGAAGUUCUGGGUCGAUUAUUCGUGUUCGUAGUAAGAAAUGUGGUACUGGAAGUUCUGCUUAUUUCAGAAAGUUGCAGAGAGGGGCUGUAAAAGCCUCGAAGGUGGUAUCAAGUUAUGUGUCCGAAGACAAGUGUACAAACUCCACUAAUACUGUUGGGACUCAAUGUCGGAGUUUCUCUGGGAGCGAAAGAGCCAGAUAUGAUCUGAUUUCUUCACGAGCUUAUGGGUCAGAUGCCACAGGUGACCUGUCCAAUAGUUGCCUAUUUGACGUUCCCAUCACCUAUGGAAGUGCAAAUAUCAUGCAUGGUGGGUCUGACCCUGUCUCUCCUCAUUAUGAUGUCAAUUCAAAUUCGUUUGAUAGUCACCGAGCAGCCCAUAGUGAGGAAAUGGCUUUGGAGGUCAAAAUAGACGUAUCAAUGGGAUCUUUUCAAGGGAACACUUUCUCUCAACAUUUUGAGAGUCAAAAUGUAGCUAGGGUCAUGCAACCUUCUGAGCAUAUUAAAAGUGAGAAGUGCAUUGAAGGUUCAAAAUAUAGGAUGAAUGGUGCUAUGCGGAAAAAGAAGGCAACCAACAAACCAAAAAGGACAUCUGAAAUCAAACAGAUGACCUUGUAUCCUUAUGAUAGGUUAGGUCCAUCUACUUCUAAUAGUACUGAACCAUUUGACUUUAAUAUGAAUAACGUUUGGUUAGAUUCAGUAGGACACAAGGAGUAUUUUAUAGCUACAAAUGGAAGGAUUGACACAAAUUGCCAAAAGUCGUUUAAUUGCUCUUCUCAGUACUGGAAUGGGGAGAAACCAUCUCAAUGUAGAAAAGUCCCUGGAGGGAAGAGAUCAAUUAGAUGCCGUCUUAAGGAUGAUGAUCUUUUGAUUUCAGCUGUUAUAAAAAACAAAACCUUUGGAUCCUCUACCAAACAGCAUUCUCAGAAAAUGAAGUCCCACAAAUCAGAAGCUCUGAGGAAACGCAAGAGCCAAAAGGGAAGUUGCAGGUUGCUUCCAAGAAGCUUGGGUAAGGGUGCAAAACACAUUGACGGGAAGUGGUCCCUCUCUGGUGUGAGAACAGUAUUGUCCUGGUUGAUUGACUCGGGGGUUAUUUCUCUUAAUGAAGCGAUACAGUACCGGUCUUUAAGGGAUGAUUCUGUUGUAAAAGAUGGCUUGGUUACUCGAGAUGGGAUCAUAUGCAAGUGUUGCAAUCAGGUGCUUUCUGUCUCCGAGUUCAAGAUUCAUGCUGGUUUCAGGCUGAAACGUCCUUGUUUGAAUCUUGUUAUGGAGUCGGGUAAGCCUUUCACCUUAUGCCAGCUCGAGGCUUGGUCAGCUGAAUACAAGGCUAGGAAAAGUGCCACUCGAACUGUUCAAGUUUAUGCAUCGGAUGAGAAUGAUGACAGGUGUGGCCUGUGUGGCGAUGGUGGUGAAUUAAUAUGCUGUGAUGAUUGUCCAUCUACUUUUCACCAGGAAUGUUUAAAUGCACAGGAGCUCCCCGAAGGCAGUUGGUAUUGCCCAUACUGUGCUUGUCGGAUUUGUGGUAAUGGUGGUGCAUAUGAUAAAGAGCCCUUAAAAUCACCUGGCACAAUAAAGUGUUCACAGUGUGAGCACAAAUACCACGAGGCAUGCCUGAAAGAGAAGGGUACAUGUGGAGAACUGGCUUCUGAUCCCUGGUUUUGUAGUGAUAGCUGUCAAGAGGUUUACUGGGGCUUACAUGCUCGGAUUGGGAUUUUGGAUGUUCUCUCUGAUGGCUUCUCUUGGACACUUCUGAGGUGCAUUCAUGGUGACCAAAGGGUACAUUCUGCUCAACGUUUUGUUGCUUUAAAGGCAGAAUGCAACUCAAAGCUAGCUGUUGCUCUUACCAUUAUGGAGGAAUGCUUUCUCUCCAUGGUGGAUCCUAGAACUGGCAUAGACAUGAUUCCACAUAUAGUUUACAACUGGGGAUCACAGUUUCCUCGUUUAAACUACAAUGGAUUUUACACAGUGCUUUUGGAGAAAGAUGAUGUGCUUAUGUCUGUUGCAUCAGUCAGGAUCCAUGGAGUUCAAGUGGCGGAGAUGCCCCUAAUUGCAACUUGCAGUAAGUAUCGUCGCCAGGGAAUGUGUCGGCGACUCAUGAAUUCCAUUGAAGAGAUGCUGAGAACUUUCAAGGUUGAAAAGCUUGUGAUAUCAGCCCUUCCUAAUCUAGUCGAGACAUGGACAGCUUGUUUUGGCUUCGAACCCAUGGAAGACAAGGAGAGAAACAGCCUGAGUGAUAUCAACUUGAUGGUGUUUCCCGGAACAGUAUGGUUGAAGAAGACCAUUUACAGAAAUCAAGAAACAAAUCAACAAGGUCAUGCUUCACCCUUCACUGCAGAGGAGCCAAAUGGAACAGCUGUUUGCUCUGAGGGCGAGCCCAUUGUUGAAUCUCGAAAACAAUUGGACGGAAGUUCACCAACAGGAAUCGGACUUUCUGAUUGCAUUAACAAGCAAGUAGAGCAUGAACACGAGGGCAUUUUGCAAAAGCGUUUUUUGAAUUUGUCAUGUGAAGAGCCAGCUUCAACGGUAGAGGGACACCCACUUGAAAUGGUUUGUAAUAUAGAAUCUAUGGUUAUGUCCGAUGAGAGAAUACUUUCUUCUAUUGAACAAUCGGAGAAAGCCCACGUGUUACAAGAUAGUACAAAAUGAUAUCAUAUUUUGGAAAA